GUCAAUUCUUAAUGUCAAACGUCUUAAUUUUUAGGUGCUGUUUUUCUAAUUCGCAGAAAUGGCUUCGAAUCUAUUAAAAAAAGCCAUCUUUUCUAAUCCUGUUUCUGUGAGAAAAACCCUUGGGAUACUCUGCAAUGCUACACGAAACCAUUGGAACUAUCAAUACAUGCCCGGUCCAUACCCGAAGACUCCAGAGGCGCGUGAGGCUGCGGCUAAGAAAUAUGGAAUGAGCAUUGAAGAGUACCAACCGUAUCCAGAGCAUAUGGGUUAUGGUGAUUACCCAAAGUUACCUGAUAUUGGAGAAGAUUCGAAGGACCCUCAUUACCCUUAUGACAAUCCCGAACUGAAGAGAAACUUUAACGAACCUAUGCAUGCGCGAAUGGAAAUAUUUGGUGGUGACCGUUAUGACCCCUCCAUGAAACGUAGAUUCUCUGUACUUCACCAAGCUAUAUGGUUUUUCGGCGUGGUGGGAGGAUCCUUGGCAUUGUUCUUUUUUUUGGAAGAUUAUAAGGUUGGCAGGCCUGUCACUGCUAAGCAGUACCCAUCUAAUGGACCUCACUAUUUAUUUUCAAACAACUAAAGGUUCAUGGAAAA